GAACUCAUUCGGUCCUUCCCCCGAGAUUAGAGUGGAGCUCUGCUCUUGCCUUACUCCUUCUCACCCGCCGCCGCCCAAUUCACGACCGCGACCGCGACCGACGCGCCGUCAUCUUGUCCCUUUCUUCUCUCCCGGCCGGGCUGAAGGCGACACCCUAUACUAUUUUUGCAGUAUGAUGUAUACCUGCUAAACGUUAAGAUUACCCAUCAGCACAGCUGCUUUCCUCGAUGGAGGAUCUCCCAGAGCCACUGCUAGCAGAGAUUGUCAAGAAGGUUGCCAAGAGAAGUGAUCUGAAUUCGUUUUCCCUUGUGUCAAAGCAGCUCUACUCCAUUGAGGCAUCACAAAGGGGUGCCAUCCGUGUCGGCUCUGGCCUUCACCCUGCUAGAAAAGCCUUGGCAUCACUGUGUUCCCGGUUCCCCAAUUUGUGGAAAGUGGAAAUUGAUUACUCUGGUUGGACCAGUGGCCAUGGGAAUCAGUUGGGCAAUAAAGGCCUCCUUGUGAUCUCGUCAUGCUGCCCCUCGCUAACUGAUCUAACCUUAAGCUUCUGUUCACGCAUAAAGGAUUCUGGUCUUGGAUAUCUCGUUAAUUGCAAGAAAUUGAUGUCUCUGAGGCUGAACUCCGUCCAAAAAAUAACUUCAGGCGGGAUCCUCUCAGUGGUAGUUGGUUGCAAGACUCUAUCUGCUCUCCACCUUAUUGACUGUGAGAAAAUCGGGAGCGAGGGCUGGCUGGAGAACCUUGGAUGUGAGGGGUCAUUGGAAGAGCUUGUUGUGGAGAACUGCAAAGGAAUCAGCCAGUAUGACCUCCUAAAGUUUGGACCGGGAUGGAUGAAGCUCCUGAGGUUUAAAUUUGACCCUGACCCCAUGAGUUGUUCCUGGAAUAUAUAUGGUAGUGAUGAUCUCUCGUAUGUGGCUCACUACCCAUAUAAAUAUGAUUUUUGUUGCGAGAGUUUGACGGAUUUGUCAUUGGCACACAUUGCAACUAAGCCAGGAAUAGGACUUCGUUUUCUAUUGGGGAAGUGCAAAGCAUUGGAGAAACUGCGUCUGGAGUAUAUCAAUGGCCUAAAUGACAGUGACAUGAUUACACUAUCCAAGUGCUGCAAAAACCUUAGAAGCAUCUCACUUUGGCUCCUGCCACAGUUCUAUGGUGGCAAUUUCAGGACGGCAUUUACUGAUGACAGCCUGAAAUCUCUAGCUGUCAGCUGCCCUAUGCUUGAGUCUAUUGAACUCACAUUUGAUGGUUGUGAGCCCUUAUAUCCAUCAGAAAUAGGCUUCACACAGGAUGGCCUUAUCAUGCUCAUUCAGUCUUGUCCGAUUCGUGUUCUUGUGCUAAGGGGUGCCAACUUUUUUGCAGACAAGGGGAUGAAGGCCCUCUCAUCUGCUCCAUUACUGGAGACACUCGAGCUUGUGUGCUGCAGAGCGAUAACAGAUGCUGGGAUGCGUUUCAUUGCACGUGCCCCAUGCUUGAUCAAUCUCACACUCCGGAUCUGUGCACAAGUGACUGAUGCUGGAGUGGCCAUGCUAGUACAUGCACUGAAGUUAGAGUCUCUGAUCAUUGAAGGCUGUGACCGGGUCUCUAAGAAGGCUGUGAAGAGGGUUGGUGGAUCAGCUCAGUGCCACACUUCCAAAAAAAGAUUGGUUCAGUACUCCGCCGAGUCUGCAAGCCCGGCCGAAUUAAAAAGAAUUCGCUACUAAUGCUGUUUGAGUUUAAAACCAUAUGCUGGGUUCAUGCUGGACUUCGGACGACUUCAGACGGUGCACCACUAGUGUUGCUCUACGGUGCUACUCCCUUUGUCCUAUAAUAUAAGAUGUUAUUACAGCCAAUAUACUCACAUAUUUGUUGUAGUAACAUCUUAUAUUAUGGGACAGAGGGAGUACUACUUUGUGUAUUUUUCUGUGUUUGCACUUGACAAAAUUCACUUAUUCUGCCCAAGAUUCGGUAUUUCAGGUUGUGAACUUGCAGAUCGUAGCAGUGCAACUUGAUUCUGCAUGCGGUGUUCAACAUAAUUAUUUGGCUGUUUGCUUUCACUGUACUUCUGCAACCUGUAAUAUUGUGGAAACAGUUUUGAAUA